AUGAAACUUUUACAAACGUUUUGGCAUCUCCGACGGGCUACUUAUUGCCCAAAUUCGCAAGUUUUCAAAACGUUUAUAGCCUCUGUUAGCCAAAACAGAGGAUGUUCGCAAAUCAGGAUUAAAGGAAUUGACCAUUUGGUCUUGACAGUGCGUGAUAUAAACAAAACUGCCGAGUUUUAUACCAAUGUACUAGGAAUGGAACUUGUUGUUUUUGGCAAAGGAAGAAAAGCACUUAAGUUUGGAGAUCAAAAGAUUAAUCUGCACGAAUAUGGGAACGAAUUUCUGCCUAAAGCAAGGAUCCCCACUCCGGGUAGCAUCGACAUUUGCUUGGUAGCAGAAGAUGAUUUGGAAAGUGUCAUACGACAUCUAAAGACAUGGAACAUCCCGGUAGAAGAGGGGCCUGUGACAAGAACUGGUGCAUUAGGUCAAAUAAAUUCAGUUUAUUUUAGAGAUUAUGACGGAAACCUCAUUGAGGUGUCAAAUUACAUUAAAACAGAGUAA